CAUAAAGGAGUCGAUGUAUUGCACCCCGGCCAACGAUGAACAUGUGUGGAACUGCCUGAGAAAACUAACGUUUUACAUCGUUAACAAUGAACAUGAGGAUUACACGCCCCCUACUGAUGUUGAUGCACCUUCUUCAUGCUGGAAAGCCAUGCACGGCUGUACAUACAAGGCUACUAUAUCAAGACAUAACAAAUAGUAACGGUAACGGAGAGAUACACUUUCGUGGCGUCCGUCUUCAUGUGGAAUCUCCUGAAACUUCGGUGUCUGCUGUUCAAGGAUCCAACGCGACUCUUCCAUGUCACUACCGGUAUGAGCCAGAGCUCAGUGUGCCUCGUAGGACGAGGGUGAAGUGGUUCUGGCAGCCAGUUGUAGGUGAAGGUACAGAGAAGGACGUGAUAGUGGCGUUAGGCUCCCGCCUCAGAAGUUAUGGGGACUUCAAAGGUCGAGUGCGUAUUCGUCGCAGUGUCCAAGGGGACGCUUCCCUGGUAAUCAACCCGCUACUAAUCGCUGAUAAGGGUCGCUACCGCUGUGAGAUUAUCGACGGUCUGGAGGAUGACAGUGUCACUGUCGAACUUAAAUUUCAAGGUGUGGUAUUCCCUUACUACUCCCCUAGGGGGCGCUACAAGAUGAACUUCCUGGAGGCUAAGGAAGCUUGCCAUCAGCAGAGUGCCUGCCUGGCCACCUUUGAGCAGCUUACAGCGUGGAAGGAGGGUCUUGACUGGUGUAAUGCAGGUUGGCUGGCUGACGGAACUGUGCAGUAUGCAGUCUCUGUGCCCCGAGAAGCCUGUGGUGGCAUGGACCUGGCACCAGGUGUACGGAGCUAUGGUACACAGCACAAGACCCGUGCCCGCUUUGAUGUGUUCUGCUUCACGUCAUCCAUUAGAGGUGAGGUCUACUUUUUGCAGCACCCACUCAAGCUGAAUUUUACUGAGGCAGUGGAUGCAUGCGUGCAGGACGGUGCUCAAAUUGCUAAAGUGGGCCAGCUGUAUGCAGCCUGGAAGUUGGUGGGACUGGACCAGUGUGACGCAGGCUGGUUGUCCGACGGCAGUAUCCGGUACCCCAUCGUCCAACCCAGGCUCAACUGCGGCCCGCCAGAACCUGGGGUGCGAACCUUCGGCUACCUUCCCAAGUAUUUAAAAUAUGGAGUGUACUGCCACAAACCCAAGUGGUAAGGUUCUGAUACAGCCCAGGUUAUUGUUUGAUGACAAAUGUGAAAUCACAGCCCUUCUACGUUGUAUUAAAAGUGAAGGGAGUGUAAGCUUCUACCACUGUAGUGAAAUGUAGGAAGUCAGACCUUUUACACUCUAGUAAACAUGAAGGGUGUCAGAGUGUUGCAUUGUAGUAUAAACGAAAGAAGCCAGAGCUGUGUUUGAGCUUGCAUCAUAGUAAAUCUACAAGCAUUUUUGAAGCAUUUAGAGAAAUAGUUCUGAUGCAUUUAGCAGCAAGCAGAGAGAGCUGUUUUCUGUUAUAUUGCCUGUGCUCAUCUGGUAUGUAGAUUUAAGAUAGUUUCACUCAGGGAACAGGUCUGCACAAACUACCCCAGGCAAAUUAUCUCUUAAAAACUGACCUUCGCUGUAAACAUGUUCAGUAUUGAUAUUAUAGGCAUGUACGUACGUAUAUUGAAACACUAUUUACAGUAUAUUUCAUGUUCAUAUAGGCAUGGCAAAGCUGAGAAAUAAAGGAAGGUAAAAACUUUUUAGAAAGCUUAGGUGAUAUUUUUAUCACAUGACGCAAAGCUUGUGACAUUAUACAAAGGAUUAGUUGUUUGAUUUUACCUACUGUGAUUAUUCAAUAUUGCAUACAGGUUUUACAUUCUAAGUUGUUUGAAAAAAACCUCAUGUAAAGUGUUUUCAUUUUAGAUAAUAAAUGUAUUUUUCCCAGA